AUGGUCAAAGUUGAAAUUGUUGACGACAAGGAGUCCAACUCUCCCUAUGCCUCCUCCUCAUCCUCGCGCACCUCCUCGACAGAGUCGCUCUCUUCUGUCUCCUCAGAAUUGUCGGCAGACGAGACCAUUUUCGACCGUAUCGCUGCGCUUGUAGACAUCGUACCCCCAACUGCCCGACAUAACAUCGCCUCGCGUGUCUCAAAAACCGCUUCCUUUGUCAAAAAGAGCGGAAAAUUCUUCGGGAACAUUGUGUGGGUCGUUACAACAUCUGCACUGCUCGUCGCUCUGCCUCUGGCGCUGAGCUUGGAAGACGAGGCAAAAAUUGUAGCGCAGGAGAAGGAAAUGCUGGAGCAACAACAGGGUGCUCAGCAGAUGAUAUCUCCAAUGUAUCCACAGGCAAAUCAACCAAAACCAUUAGUGCCUCCCGGGUUCUAG